UCCGGUUAGCACUGCUCGGAGGUCGCCCUGCCUCCAGUUUUUCCGCUUUCGGGCUGCGUGGACAACGGCAUCCCGGUCACUGUCGCGUGUAAAAGCGCUCCGUGACCUCCCCGCCCGCCCGGCGCGGUGAUUGAUUUCUCAAAACUGAUCUUGCCUGAGAAAGAAGACUGGCAGAAGAGGAAAAAAAGGAAAGACAGAAAUGGCUCUUUCUCAGGGACCGUUGACAUUCCAGGAUGUGGCCAUAGAUUUCUCUCAGGAGGAGUGGGAAUGCCUGGACCCCGAGCAGAGGGCUUUGUACAGGGACGUGACGUUGGAGAACUACAGGAACCUGGUCUCCCUGAAAAUCUCUUAUUUUGAGCUGAAUAUCAUCCCUGUUUUGGAGCAAGGGGAAAAGCCUUGGACUGUGAAGAGUGAGGUGAAAAUAGCAACAAAACCAGCUCGCGGGCACCGUAACAUUUGGAGGCCCCAGCGAGAUAUCCUCGGCGUUUGCUGCGGCUCAUCAGUCGAGAUAAGGUCUGACUACUGGCCCUCCCCCAGGGGGCGCGCGUGGAGAGACGUUCCUCAGCCCCGGCAGAGAACCAAGUGGUCAAGCCUCGAAAUUCAAAAAUCCACCUCUAGAGCCAUCUGGAUGUGGGCCCACAACGGUUCAAAGAGUUAUUUAUGGAAGACCAGGACAUCCGGAUCAGAUUCCCUAUAUUGAAACCUGGAUCGACGUCCCCACUGACCACCCCAAAUGGCUUAAAAAUUGCUCACCACCUAAACCAUCUAAAGCGCGAAAUGUGCUUGUUCUAAAGGGGCCACCCAAAAGGCCCCCGGUCCUCGACUCCCCACAGGAUAGUCCCCCUUGUCACGGCCCCCACCUUAUUCCGUAGGGCCCUUUGCCCCUAGCCCAGGGCCCUCUGCCUCCAGCCCAAGGCCCUCUCCUUCCAGUCUAGGACCCUCCAUUCUUAGCCCGGGGCCUGCUGCUUCUAGUUCGAGGCCCCCUACCCUAAGUACAGAAGGACCCCUCAUUCCCACUCUGGAUUCUACCACGCCCCCGACAACUCUAUCCAGCCCCCCCACACCCAUUCCAGGAGUUCGUACUGACCGCAUGGUCAGGUCCUUGUCCUCGCUCAAUUACCCCUGAGACAAGUCAUUCAAGGCCCACCUGAAAACCCAAAACCCUUUAUGGUCUAUGUUCCUUUUCCACCAGCGACCUGUGCAAUUGGAAGAAUCAAAACCCCUCUUUCUCACAAAACCCCCAAGAACUAAUCUCUCUGUUAGAGUCCGUUUUCUUUACCCAUCAGCCCACAUGGGAUGACUGUCAACAACUUCUGCAGACCCUUUUCACAUCAGAGGAGAGAGAGAAAAUCCGUGCCCAGGGAUGGAAACUAGUCAUGGGACCAGACGGUCUGCCAACCACAGAAGUAGACCAUCUCGAGGCUGUUUUUCCUUUCACCCGACCCCAGUGGGACCCUAACACGGAUCAAGGUAAGGAGGCUCUCGAACGGUACCGCCAGACUCUAAUGGGGGCUCUCCGAACAGCAGCGCGGAGGCCUACAAAUAUGUCCAAAGUAACUGAGGUAACUCAGGGGGCCACUGAGUCCCCCGCUGCUUUUCUAGAGCGCCUCCAGGAGGCUUAUCUGGAGGCGGCAAAAAAAAAAACAGGCGAGCAAUUAAUAUUGCCUUCGUUGCCCAGUCAGCCCCAGAUAUAAGAAAAAAGUUACGAAAGUUAGAAGGCUUUAAGAAAAAAAGUACUGAGCGAGUUGGUAAAGGUUGCUCAACGAAUCUUCAAUAAUAGGGAAAGUUCCAAAACUUAAAUAAAAAUUAGCGAAGGUCCUACUUGCCGUAAGUGAAGAUCCUCGGGCAGUUAAGAUACCAGGUAUCAGCAAAAAAGGCACAGCUAUGUGUUUCACAAGCCUCUUAUCUUGAGUACAAAAUAACCAAAGAAAAAAGGAAUGUUGUCUGACAAACAGACACAUUCAAGCCCUCCUCCAAAUUCCAGCAUCCCGGACAAAGCGGCAAGUCCGGGAGUGUUUAGGAGCGGUCGGGUAUUGCUGGCUAUAAAUCCUUAAGCUUGCCGAAAUAGCCUGCCCUCUUUUAUGCCAGUACCGGGGGGAAGGUCGCAGAACUAACUUGAACUAAUAAGGAGGAAGGAGCCUUCCAAACUCUAAAAAAGGCACUUACCCAAGCCCCAGCCUUAGCACUCCCAGAUCUCAGAAAACCAUUUCAGCUGCAUGUAGCCGAGGCGCAAGGGACAGCAAAGGGUGUGCUGACACAGCGCUUAGGGCCAUGGAAACGGGUCGUGGCUUGUCUUUCAAAGCGCCUCGAUCCGGUUGCGGCAGGUUGGCUUAACUGUCCCCAAACCAUUGCGGCUACUGCCUUGCUAGUUAAAGAAGCCUCUAAACUCACGUUUGGGCAAGAACUGCAAAUCAUCACCCCCCACGCGGUCAAAACCCUCCUCAAAAGCCCCCAGACAGGUGGCUCUCUAACGAAAAAUUGCUCAGUACCAAGUCCUUCUCCUUAAUCCAGCCAGAAUAAGCUCUCCGAUGGGCCAAGGAAAAGGCGGUGAACAUCUACACGGACAGCCGAUACGCGUUCACCACCGCACAGGUGCAUGGGGCCAUCUGUCAGGAACGCGGCCUCCUAACCAGCGGGGAAAAGGACAUUCAAAAUGCCUCAGAAAUACUAGAACUUUUAACAGCCCUUUGGCUUCCCAGAGCAGUAGCCAUAAUCCACUGCAAAGAACAUCAAACCUCAAAUACGCCCGAAGCAAAGGGAAAUGCUUUCGCCUACCAGACAGCCAAAGAAGCAGCCCUAAAACCAGUGGGGCCCCUUCAAGUCUUGCCCCUCCUAUCACCUCGGGUACUAAAAGCUGCUCCAACUUACUAAAACUCUGAUGUCCGUCUAAGUCAAGAACUCCAAGCUAGAAAUGAUCAAAAGGGGUGAAAAGUCCUCCCCAACUCUAGAAUCCUCCUACCAGAGGCACUGGGAAGAAACUUAAUUUUACAAACGCGUCAAAGUACACACCUGGGAGGGACAAAACUAGCUGAAUUGCUAAAAACUGACUUUUACAUACCUAAGCUUUUUCAGGUAGCAAAAGAGGUAAGCAGAAGAUGUCACGUCUGUGCUCAAGUCAACCCAAGUCAUGUAAGUACCCCUGCUACCCCUGGUCACUGCCUAAGAGGUCAGCUCCCAGGAGAACAAUGGAAAAUAGACUUUACAAAACUGUCUCCAGGACCAGGGGGAUACAAGUACUUACUUGUGCUGGUGAACACCUUCUCAGGAUGGGUUGAGGCCUACCCAACUCGGUCAGAGUCAGCCCAGGUAGUAGCUAAGAAAUUAUUGGCUAAAAUUGUCCCUCUGUUUGGCCUACUGGUAGCAGUGGGGUCUGAGAAUGGUCCGGCUUUUAUAGCCCAAGUUACCCAAAACUUAGUAAAAGCGUUAAGAGUCAAAUGGAAGCUACACUGCAUCUACAGACCGCAAAGCUCAGGACAGGUAGAAAGAAUGAAUCGGACGCUUAAGGAAACCCUCACCAAACUUAAAUUGGAGACUGGCGGAAACUGGGUGAGCCUCCUUCCGUUUGCCUUACUUAAAGCUAGGUGCACCCCUUAUGUAAAAGGUAUUACUCCAUAUGAAGCCAUGUUCGGCAGGCCACCCCCGCUCCUCCCCAAGUUAGGGGAGGAGCAGCUCACCUCCCUGUCUAACUCUGAACUUCUCAAGUCCCUACAGGCCUUACACUACAGCUCCAAAAACAUCCAUCAUGCCGUCCACGCCCACCGCCCGAAACCUGACACCGCAGAAGAAGAAACCCCUACUGCUGAACCUGGUGAUUUAGUGUAAAUCAGGAAAAGAAAUCCCUCCUCCCUCGAGGCAUGCUGGGCUGGGCCUUAUCAGGUCAAACCUAUGACCUAGGUGGGGGAAUAUCAGCAGUAAAAACUUAACGGCUGUGGUAUGUUACCCCAAGAACAAGAGCUGUGGCAUAGUCAACAUUACAUCUGUCCACAGGAAGGUGUCACAGGAAGAAAUUGUGGGGGAGAAAAUGAGUAGUUCUGUUACAGAUGGGGUUGUGAAACCAUAGCCCAAUGGAAAAAUGUAGACCCUCUAUUAAGGGUCAAAAGGCCAGCAGCUCCUACGAAAAAUUGUGCAAUUGGGAGCUAUCACCCUGUUACUUUUGAACCACAGCAGUAUUGGAAAGAUUCCCAGUGGUUGGGGGGAAAAAUGUGGGGAUUGCGCCUAUAUGUAUCAGGAUAUGACCCUGGAGUGUUAUUCACUAUUCAGAAAAGGAAAAUUCCUAAAACCUUAAAUCCAAUCGGCCUCCUGAUCCCCAUUAACAUCAAAAUACCUGUAGCAACUACUCCUUUCCCACUUACCUGUCCUUACUCCACCACAAAGAGCCGCCCCUUAUCUCCAAAAGCAACUCCCCUUCCUCCACCUCCAAACUCCCGAUGCUUCCAGUCCCCUCAGUUCCCUCUAUCUACUUCUCCUUACGUUAAUUUUUGCGCCUCUGUCCCUCUGUAACCAUUUUCAGCAACAGCUCUGCGGGUCAUACCGGACACUACUUAGUAGCGUCCAAAGGAACAUGGUUUGCCUGUACAACGGGGUUAAUGCUGUGUUUAUACCCCCCCCACCCUCAUGCAAACUAAGGCUCCAGGACUAUGCAUUCUCACCCAUGUCCUUCCCCAAGUAUAUUACUAUUCUGGUGAGGGAGGUAGGGAGCACCUCGGGCUAACUAACCUCAAACGAGUCAAGUGAGGAGGACCAGUAUUAGUGCUAGUGCUCCUUGGGCUUGGGGUAGCCGGGGCAGCCGCGGUAGAAACCACAGCACUCGUCACAGGGAACCAAAACUUUAAAAUCCUUAGUACCCAGAUUGACCAUAUCUAAAAGCCUUAGAAGAAGGCAGUACUAAAUUAGAGGAGUCCGUAAGCUCUUUAGCAGAAGUAGUGCUCCAAAAUCGAAGGGGACUCGACCUUCUAUUCUUAAAGCAAGGAGGGCUUUGUCUAGCCUUGGGGGAAGCAUGCUGUUUUUAUACUAACCACUCAGGUGUAAUUAAAGAAAGUUUAAGCCAACUCCGAAAGAGACUACAGGAUAGAGAAGAGCAAAGGAAAAAGGAGGCAAAUUGGUUUGAAAGUAUAUUUUCUCAAUCUCCAUGGUUAACUACCUUAAUAUCAGCAAUUGCCCGACCCCUGGCUCUUCUCAUGUUAGCCUUAAUCAUAGGCCCCUGUGUUAUAAACAGUUUAGUUAAAUUUGUCCAACGGCGUAUUCAAAGCAUAAAACUCAUGGUUUUUCAGUCUCAAUAUCAACACCUACCCUCAGAAGAAACAAUGAUUUGAUUCUCCCUAAAAACCAGUGGGGAAUGAAGUGGGUCCCUUCCCCCUUGGCCUGUAACAUUUGCAGAGUAAGAAUGUUGUGUAAGUGGCAUUAAGCCAUGAGAAGAAGGAAGUGAAACUGCGGUUAUACGCAUCAGCCAAGCAUAACCGUUAUAACAAUCAACAAUUGCACUGUUUCCAAGUGAAACUUUUUGUAACCAAGUGAAACUUUUUGUAAGAUUUCUA